AUGCCAAACUCAAAUCCAAGGAAACCCGGUGCAAAUUACGCAUACCGUCAACAGCAUGAUUAUAACGGGAUGAACGCUAUGGUAGGAAAUCAAAUGAUGUACCAUCCUGUCGAUUUCAUCAACGGUGUCGGCCAAUAUGGCUCCUCUCAACACCCAGCAUAUUACACCAACUCACCAUUGCCUAAUGUCCCUCCGACACCCUUUGAUACUGCGUAUGGUGCUAGCCUUUUGCCAUCGCAUUUGUUGAUGGGGUCGCCGUUUGUUUCCUCGCCUAAUAUGCAAGGUGGCUAUAGCCCUGCAAGAUCAUCUAAUCUUAAGAGGAAAGCUUAUUCGAGGCCUGUUUCGAACCAAAACGGUUAUAACGGCAACAGCAGCAAUCACAACCACAGUGGUAAUGGGAUGAUGACCCCUUCAAAUUAUUAUAGAAACGGAAGGAAUUCAUCCUCGAGGAAUAAUAACAGUACGAGAAAUGUUAGUCACAACAAUAAUAAGGGGUGCGACACCAGGAACAGCAGUGGGAGAAGAGCAUCCUCCAGAAGCAACAUUUUUGAUGAGAUAAAUCCUGAAAUCCUCCUACAAAGGCCUUUUCGCAUUAAUUACAAGAUUCUACCGACUGGUGAUGAUGCCUAUAGAACUAGAUCGUUGCUUAUUGAAAAUGUGGAUCGUUCUACCGAUUUACACUCCUUAGUCAAGAAUUUUGUCAAAUUUAAUACUUUGGAAAGCGCCUAUUUUGUCGACAAUGAUAAGAAUGAUGAUCUAGAAGAUGGAGAGACAGAGAAUCUAUCUGUUUUAAUAAGCUUUUUGACCAGAAGCGACUGUCUGAAUUUUUAUAACAAUAUUUUACAAAGGUUAUCAGAGUUCAAGAUAUUCUUGAAGUCCAAGUCACUAAAUUUGAAAUUUGUCUGCCUAAACUACGAAUCGGAAUGUCUCUCUACCUUUGUUGAGGGUGAGAAGCCGAAGGAAGUCGACGAGCAAGUUCAUGCCGCCAAUGACUCGAUGAUGAUCAGCGCUUCGCUGCAUCAUGAUGUAGAGAACAAAGAUGCCACAAGAUCUAUUAUCAUUGAAUUCAAAAGCGCUUUGGAAAAAACCGAAUUAUUCAGAAAGAGACUACAGUUUUUAGACGAGUCUAAAAACAAAAGAUACAUCUUAGAAUCUAUUGAUUUAGUCAACACAGAUGUACCUUCAAAUCAAUUUCCUGAAAACUACGCUGUACUGACAUUUUUGAACAUUUUUAUGGCGGUCGAAGUUCUCGACUACUUGAAAAAGUUCUCCAAAAGUUUAGAAAUUUCCAAAUGUUUUUAUGUAUCUCUAACACCUUUGAUGGUUAGCUCAACCAGGUCUUCGGUUGCCAAUAUUUACGAAAGCAAAACGACCACACGUCGUUUAUCAGUACCAUCUGUUCCCGCUGGGAUCAAGAAUGAUAACAACAAUAAUAGCAAUAAAGGUAACAUCAGCAGCAUCAACGCGCAAAAUAAUAACAGUAGUAUUGGGUCGUCCAUAUAUGGAAACUCUAAUAUAAGUUUAACUAGUCUUUCGUCAUCUGUUUCCUUGAAUGAAGAGAUUGAUCUGCUUACGACAAAACUUCAAGGAAUAGAACUUGAUGGAACCAGUUUAGAAAUCACCUCUCAUGACUAUUCAACACCAACCAUCAAUGAACAUUCUACCCAUCUGAGUAAUAUUAAAAUUUCAAAGACUGUAGAAAAUUCCAGGCAUUUCCCCCAGGACAUUCCAUCGCCUUUGCCACUAAAUGAACAAAUGUUCAUGAAUGACUCCAAUCAAUCAAAUGGAGCGGUAAUACCUCAACAAUUGAUAGCCGCACCUUCUCCGCUAUCUUCCAAUCUACAAAUUAACCAAAGAGUACUACCAAACGCAAUAACUCAGAGCUUGGAGCAAAAUUUCAAUGUUUCUGCCAAGGUGGCUUCAUCAAUGGGCUCGGAUGUUGGCAAUAGAACGAUUUACAUCGGAAAUAUCAAUCCAAGAUCUAGAGCUGAGGAUAUAUGUAAUGUCGUUCGCGGAGGGAUUCUUCAGAGCAUAAAAUACAUACCUGAGAAGAGGAUAAGUUUCGUUACUUUCAUCGAAGCUCCAUCUGCUGUGCAAUUCUAUGCGAAUUCUUUCAUUGACCCGAUAGUAUUACAUGGUAAUAUGUUAAGAGUAGGAUGGGGGCAUUAUUCUGGUCCUUUACCAAAAUCGAUUUCAUUAGCUGUAACCAUUGGGGCAAGUAGAAAUGUCUACGUCAGUUUGCCGGAGUUCGCAUUCAAGGAAAAGUUCAUUCACGACCCCCAAUACAAACAGUUGCAUGAGACAUUGGCCUUACCAGACGCAGAACAAUUAAGAGAAGAUUUUAGUACUUAUGGUGAUAUUGAACAGAUUAAUUAUUUGAGUGAUAGCCAUUGCUGCUGGAUAAAUUUCAUGAAUAUAUCAUCUGCGAUAGGUCUUGUUGAAGAAAUGAAUAAAGAAUCGAUGGCACAUCAUGACGGUGGUGAAGUGAUAGUGAAGACGGCAGGUGAGGAAAAAUUUGAUGGACGUUAUAAAGGGCUUUUAAUAAACUACGGUAAGGAUCGUUGUGGUAAUAUAAAUAAAAAUUUGGUAGCAGGUAAAAAUUCAAGAUUUUACAAAAAAGUUAAAAGGCCGAGCUAUAACAUACGCUUGAGUAAGCUAGAGGAAAGAAGGAGACAAAAUGAAAACGAUAAAAAGGAGUCAUUUGACAAAGUUUUGAAUUUGGAAUCCCUAGGAAUUAGUCUUGACCCACAUAAGGAUGCUGGGAUCGGUGUAAUAGAAACCGAGAACAUUACAGGCGACGAGAUUGAGAGUGAGAUAGAGGCUGAAAAUGUAAACGAUAACGAAACUACGGGUCUAGGUGGGUUAGGUCUUGGAGUAGCAAAUUGUGACGUGAAGCGCGCGACUUCAGAUGAAACCGAUUAUGAAGAAUUGUUCAACAAAUCUUCCGGAUCUUCUGAUUCGUCAUCAGACAUUGAGGUCAUAAUGCAUUCCCCGAGCGAUCCUGAAUAUGCUUUAAAGUCACAAACCUUAAGGAGUUCGAGCCAAACAGUCAUCAAUAGCAAAAGACCAGUGAAAGUAGAAGAUGAGGAUGAUGUAGGGAUAUCGCAGCUCAAUCACAGAUCAUCGUUGCGACAGGCUCCUCCAAGGGCUCCUUCAACGUUGUCCUAUGAUCACCUGAAGAAGAGUGAAACAUCAUUUCAAGACAGCAGAAAUGCAGAAACUGCAAACAACAGGGAAAGGAAAAGAGGUUCUCUACCAAGGCAUAGAACAAUACCGGGAUCGGAUGUCAUGGCGCAGUAUCUCGCACAAGUGCAACAUUCUACGUUUAUGUAUGCUGCUAAUAUUCUCGGUGCCUCCGCAGAAGACAACGCGUAUUCUGAAGAAUAA